AUGUCCGCCGACAACACCACCGAGGCAGCCGAUAGAAAUGUCGAAAUAUGGAAAAUCAAGAAACUUAUUAAAAGCUUAGAAGCUGCACGGGGGUAAGUACAGAUGUAAAAUAAACAUAGUGAAUACCGAUAAUCAACUUACGGGUCCUUGGAGAACGUAACGUUCUGUUCGUCGUACUUAUAAGUGAAAUCAUCACACCAAGAAGGGAUGCGUUUAAAAUCGUCUUUUUUUCACGAAGCAGUAAGUUUAUAUAAGCGUAAAUAUGUGUUUGUGCUAAUCUAUAUAGAUAACUAAACCAGGAAACUAUCAUGAUAGAUUCUUGUGAGUACUAAAUUUUCGCAUAUAUGAAUUAUAGAGAACUUGAGCAACAACUUUACGCUCAGCUAAAAAUUAAUUAAGCUUAAAAAAUUUUCAAAUUUUGGACUUGAGACUUAAAAUAAUUCUAAAAUUAGCCUCGCAAAAAACAACAAAAUUCAUGCAUACUGUAGCCUUGUUUUAUGUCCAAACUAGCGUUAUCCUUAACUUAUGUUGCUUUUGCAAAAGUUGAAAAUGAAAUAUUAGUCUUUUCUCGAAAUUCUUACUAAAAGCCAUUAAAGUCGUAGGGAGUCCUGAUUUUUUGUGGAAUUCUCCUUUCGAUUGGAUGGGGCUGGCCAGAACUGGCUGCGUGCUGGACUGGUCUUUUUAAAAGUAAAAGGGACUUUUUAGAGUUAAUUAGGAGUCGACUGAUUUGGUGGGAAAGUUAUGAUCAACACUGUAAUUCUCUUUAAAAUGCGACUGGUCUGGCCAACCAGUUUUGACAAAUGGUAAGCACCCUUAGUUGCCUUAUGCAAUGGUACACCUUGAACAAGUUAUUUAUUUUUAAGCAAGUUCACUCUUAAAGUAAUGAUGAUGAUGAAGAUAGACCUGCUGCCUAAUGGGUGCCCGGUCACCAGAGGCACUCACGAUUUGCCCGUGGGUGACCAAAAUUUCAAACAAGGAGCCCUAAUGGGGACCUAAUACUUAUGAUUCCAGGCCAACUUCUGGUGAACGAACACCCUGCUCAUUCUGCACCUGUGAAACGAAAACGGAAAACAUUUGGUCGUCAGCCUGUUGAAUGAUCAAGUUAAAAUUCGAUAAACGAAACAAUCAUUAAUCUUAUCGUCUCUUAAUGAUGUGAAAUCCCUGUAAUGUUUCCCUCGCUUGCUUUUUUUUUGUAAUUUCUCUCUAAUCAAGGCCCCUGAUUUUAAUUUAUAUAUGAUACUCAAUCAAUUCAGAAACAAAUCAUUGAGUAUGAAGAAGAAUACUCCACCAUCAAUAAAGCAGGAAGUGAGAAACUUUUAUGGAGGAAAUCCCAUUUCAUGUAGAAUUAAUCAAGUCCUCAUUUCUUAUCUAAUCUACAAGCAAGCGAGAAUUAACAUUUUUAAAAGUGUUCUUACGUGAUUUAUGGUCAAAGCAGCUAGUUUGUAUGGCACAGUUAGUCAACUAGGAUCCCCUGACCUGAGUUUUAUUCUUGUAUUCUUGUUUGUAGGAAUGGAACAAGUAUGAUCUCUUUGAUUAUCCCUCCAAAAGAUCAAAUCUCCCGUGUAGCAAAGAUGUUAGCAGAUGAAUUUGGUACUGCCUCAAAUAUUAAAAGCAGAGUGAACAGGUAACUUCCUUUCCCUUUUUUUCACUUUCAGCUUUCAUUAUUUUUCAUUCAAGUAUUAAAAAAAACUACUGUUUUUGUUUCGUUCAUGUUCAUGAGGUUUGAGAAAAAACAGUUGGACUUCAAUGGAGCAGUGCGCUAAAGCUGUGUGUGAAUGAAAUGCUAGAUGACUAUGUGACUCGUUGUUACAUCUGUAGCAGUUUUCCUGGGAACUGUAUAUAAAAUUUUACUUUUGUCUUUCAGGUUGUCUGUUCUAAGUGCUAUUACAUCAGUACAGCAGAGACUGAAACUUUAUUCAAAAGGUUUGUUCCUCUUAUUUCUUUUUUUUGGUUUUUAAGCACAUGGUUUCACUAUUUCCAAAUAGCGGGGAUGAAGGAAACAACUGACUUUUGAAGUAGUAUCCAGCUAGCGCAAGAUGUUUUGCAGCUGGAAAUUAGCCCAAAAUACAAGUACAGUGCUGGCUAAUUUCUGUGGUGGAAAAAAACAGCCCUUAAAACUAACUGCCACAAAUAUGAAAGUUUGUUUUAAGGUAUCAAUCUACACUGUCAGUAUCAUGUCAAAAUUGACAAAGAUGCAGAGGGAAAUAUGUUCCUUGAUAAGCAGUUGGGGUACAAUGUAGCUCCCCAUAAAGAAAUAUCCUACAUCUGAGUAUUUUGGGGAUAUUCAACACACAAGGAAUUCUCAACUUACAGUACAUCAUUAGGAGUAACACUGAACAUAAACCUUGCAGAUGUCAUUUUUGUUGCUUAUUGUGUGUUGCUGUGUAUUUAUCAUAACAGUUCCUACCAAUGGCCUUGUGGUUUAUUGUGGAACAAUUGUAACAGAUGACGGCAAAGAGAAGAAAGUGAACAUAGACUUUGAGCCUUUCAAACCAAUCAACACAUCACUUUACUUGUGUGAUAACAAGUUUCACACAGAGGUAAUCUUUCACUGAGUGAUAAGAUGUGUAAUAAUCACCACAAAAGAACAUGUUUGUGGACACUUCCUCAUGAAAGGGACAGUGUUGCUUGUCAGAAGUUAGAAUUCAACCUCUAAAAAAGACUAAUCUGGUCAUUGCUCAGGCCUAAUUGAGCCCAAAAUAAAACAUGAAGUUAAAGCUACAGACGUUUAAUUGCACUAAAGAUGUUGACAUCAAAUGCUAUUUUGAACUGAGUAAUAAUAAUAAUAAUAAUAAUGUUUAUUUCUUAUAUUGCGCAGUCUAGCAUGCGAUAAAAAUAUGAUCGAGUGCGCAUUACAACACUAAAAUCUUAAAGUAAUAAAUGGCUAGUCCAAAUAAUGAUAAUAAUAAUAAUAAUUUACAAUUUUCGGAAAACAAUAAAAGUAAAAUAUGAGUUAAUAAAAGAACUAAUAAAAAGCUAAUUUAAAAAGAUGUGUCUUUAGUAAAACUUUAAAAAUGUUCAAUGAUUGACAUUGUCUAAUUUCUAGAGGGAGUCGAUUCCAUACUUUGGGCGCAGCAUUUUCAAACGCCCUAUCCCCGAGUGUCUUUUUUGUUCUAUAGGUAUUGUCCAUUAGGAGUAUGCCCCGGUAUGAUCUCAACUGAUACCGCGAGCUCUCUUUGAUUUUUAUCAAGUCUAAAAGAUAUUGUGGUGCGACGCCGUAGAUACAUUUGUGAACUAGCAUUGCUAUCUUGAAUUCUAUUCUGUGGGUAACCGGAAGCCAGUGCAGGUUGAUCAGGGAUGGUGUGAUAGGAUCAUACCUAGAUAUAGUACAUACCAGCCGAGCUGCCGCGUUCUGCAGGCGUUGCAGCUUACCAAGAUGAACAGCGGGCGUACCAUAUAAUAGACCGUUACAAUAGUCUAAUCGUGACAUUAUAAUAGCCUGUACAAUGGACUUCCUAUUAUCAUAUGAUAAAUACUUUCUAAUACGCCGGAUGUUAUGUAGAUGGUAAUAAAUAUUCUGACAUAUGCUGUUAAUAUGUGUGGUCAUAUUCAUGUUUGCAUCAAACCAAGCACCCAGGUUUCUAACAGAGUAAACCGCAGAAACCUUUACCUCACCUACUUGCAAGUCACUUAUCAUAACCUUAUUUAACUGUGCGCGUGUACCUAUAAUAAGAAACUCGGUCUUAGCAUCGUUCAGCCGAAGUUUGUCUUGGACCAUCCAGGUUCUUAUGUCCCUGAUGCAAGCUUGUAGAGCGUCAACAGCAUCCGUCUCAGUAGCAGAACCAUCCGGCUUAAAUGAGAUAUAGAGCUGCGUAUCAUCAGCGUAUGCGUGAACGUUAGGGAGAUGGGAUUCAACAACAUCGAAGAGCUUACUUGCGUACAAUGUGAAGAGCAAGGGACCAAGACAUGAACCUUGAGGUACCCCUUGAGGCAGAUCAAAGUCACUCGAAUAGCUCCCGUAUAAGGGUGAUUGGUUCUAUUUUCAAGACGUUUCUUUGCCCACAAACCUGCAUGGUUGAAAAUAUUUCUUUUCUGUUGUAAACUUUCGAAGAGAGACUGAAAUGUACCAUUUGCAUCUCUAAGCUAGACAACAAGCAUCCCUGUCCCUUCAUAAAUUAUUGAACUCCCCCUGGGAAGAACGGUAACAGUUUGGAGGUUGAUUUUGAUAUAAUGGUGAAGAACUCAGUUUGAACAACCCAUCCAUAAGUGUACAUAUGUAUUUCAUUCAGCCCAAUUUGCCUGCUUGGUGGAUUUUGCAUGGAGGAAGAGAGGAAACUGAUUAGCACGCAGGUGUGAAACAAGUUUUCAGAUCUGCUCAUUGUUACCAUUUUAUGUACCACAUGAUUUACUUGUGUUUAUGUCCACUUUAUGUCAAGAAUCCAUAGCUCAUGCCUGUGAAAAAAGUAUAAUUUGUCUUUUUUUAUUGCCAGGCACUUAAUGCUCUACUAGCAGAUGAUAAUAAGUUUGGUUUCAUUGUAAUGGAUGGUAAUGGUGCACUUUUUGGUGUCCUUUGUGGCAAUACAAGGGAGGUUCUUCACAAGUUUACAGUGGAUCUUCCAAAGAAGCAUGGUUAGUAAGAGUCUAUUUCAGAAAAUCUGAAAUCACCAGUUUCCCACACUUUGACUGACUAAUGAAAAAGGAAAAACCAUCAGCAUUUGCUGGUGGUCUUUUACUUUGAUGAAAGUGAUAACAUAGUCUGUAGACUGAGUAUUUUUUCUUGGUUUGCAGGGCGUGGUGGACAGUCUGCUCUUCGUUUUGCUCGAUUGAGAAUGGAGAAACGUCACAACUAUGUUAGGAAAGUAGCUGAGACUGCGGUACAGCUCUACAUCAGCAAUGACAGGGUGAGUAAUAAAUACAAGUUUAGUAACACACAUACCCACACAUUUCUUUUGAAGAUUCUAAUAAAAUUAUAAUAGUACCCUUCAAAAGUUCUGUCAAAGAAGUUUCAUUUGAAUGGUAACACCAUAGGAUUUUGUCCUGAGAUUUAAAAGUUGUAGAAAUUAUGACAAGUUUAUGUACAAGUGAAAGGGUUAAGGUGUAGUCAUCCUCAUCAUCAAAAUGUUGCACAAACCUUAGCUAUCUGCAUUGUAUAUAACUUACUGUUGGUCUUAUUUUUUGUUUUUCAGCCUAAUGUUACUGGUUUAAUCUUAGCUGGUUCUGCUGAUUUCAAGAGUGAACUUAGCCAAUCAGAUAUGUUUGACCAGGUCAGUUUAGAAUAUGUAAUAAGUAUGACAGUUAGAAUUUUUAACUUGCUGCUGUGUGUGUUUGUUAAACACACUGUUUGGCUUCACUUGCAGUCAUUGCACCCCAAGUCACUGGUCCUUGUUGUGUAAUCAAAAGGUAAACCAGAAAGGAAUCUUUCUUAAUAGGUUAAGGGUGAUAUACAGACUAAGUUUCUUGAGGUUGACAUCUAUGCAAAUGCCUUGUCAGUUUUCUACUGCUUCUCCCUAAAACCAUUUGACAGCUGUUCCCCAUGCACACUACAGUUCCAGUAUGUGUGGUUUUAUGCUGUCUAGAUUAACAUGAGUCUUUUCACUCUCCACUGUUUUGCUACUUUUUAAGUAGUGUUCUUACACAGCAGAGAAUUUUGCGGGCUCAAACAGCUACAUCAAACUCAACCAUUCUUUUCAUUGGUACAGUAGUGGGGCUAACUAAUGUCACUCCCAUGACCCUGAAUGCCAACCCAAACUAACAUUGCUGAAGGAGUUUGUUCUUGUUAGUUCUUUAUGUUGCCCUGUUAGUGAUGGUCCAGUAUGGUGACCUUUUAUGUCUUUGUCACUCUUUGCAUGUUUCAGAGGCUACAAUCAAAAGUACUGAAGCUUGUAGAUGUGUCAUAUGGAGGUGAAAAUGGCUUUAAUCAGGUCAGAUUGUUUUGUAGUAAUGUAUAUAGCAUCAUAACGCUGUUACUAACCUUCUCGGUCUGUACUGUAAGUUUAAGACCUCUUUGGUUGAUUUUAGGCCCAACUAUGCAAAGUGCAUGAGCUAUAAUGCAAUGGGAGAAAAUAGGCUUGAGUACUUACAGUGCAGCCUGAGAAGGCAAGUUCUUAAAGAUAUUUUCUAUCUUUGAUGUUAAUUAGGCACGUUGAAAAUUAUACUUUCGAAUUAAGAGGGCCUGGCAUUAGAAUAUGGCCUAUAAAACUGAUGUACACAUUGCUUGUACUAACAGAGUUAUUUAAAAAUAGAAAUUUAUUAUAUAACCACCAAUGAAAUACCAGGUGAGCUUUUGCACAAAAAAACUUGAUAUCUAUCACUGUUGCUAUGGCUACAUAAAAAUUUGCACCUUUCGCACCAAAAAACUAUUUAAGUAAAAUGGUUUGGUAUUUCAUCAGUGUUUAUAUAUUAAAUAGAACAUUACAUGGUCACUUAGGGCCGAAUCGCACUAGAGCCAGACAAAUCAAAAAUUGUUUAUUUUAUGUCAAAAAUCUGUCAACGCUUGACUUGUCCUAAUGCGAUCGCGUAUUUUCGAGUUAGCCAAAUAUUCCGAAGGACAGCCAAACUUCAAAGGCUGCGAUGUCCUGCUCCGAGGCAGGACAAAUGGAUCAAACAACCGAGAAUACAAUAGCUGGUGUUUGUUUUUUAAUUAAGACGUCAAAAAUGAUGAGUACAACGUGAUCUUUGGUUUUCGCGCGUUCUUCACUUUGCAAGAUGUCGGACCAAAACAGCCCGCCAAACAGCUUUCCAUUUUGCUAUCCUCCGGGUUAUUUCUUCCAAAACUUUUAUGAUUCGUAUCCAUAUCGGAAUUCCACGACCUCGAUGCCCCAUGCUACUACCAGUAGUUCUCCGCCAGGACAGAGGAGUAGCAGUCCUCAGUCGGGAAGUAGUGCUAGUGGAACUAGCACUCCGACAUGCGAGAUUGCCAGCACUUCCACUGAAGGAAACACGAAGCAGGACAAGAGACAGGGCAAGACAACGCAAGACCGAUGGACAGAGAACCAGGUGAAAUACCUUGUGGAUCUGUGGGAGGCGAAUAUAUCAAGGUUGGAGAGCCAACAGUCGAGGAAAGUGUGGGGUGAAAUCGCCACUAAAAUAAACGAGCAAUUCGACCUAGCGCGCCUUCCAAGUCAGUGCGAGAGAAAAAUUAAGCACUUAAAAAAGAAGUACAAAGAGGCCAAGGACUGGAAUCGAUCGCAGACGGGAGGAAAUAAUGAAACCUGCGAACAUUUUGAUGUCUUUGACCGCGUGCUCGGAGGCAGGGAUGUUGUUACUCUGAAGCACGUGCGGGAAACUGCAAAUGCAGCAGCGAAAAAUAAGGAGAAAUUGCCUGACUCGCCUGCUGGUGACGAGGAGGAGGGAUAUACCUCGGAUCAGGCAGAGGAAGCCCUUCAAGCAAUGGGAAUCAAAGUCAAAAGCAGGAGCGAGAGGAAGAAGGGAAAAGGAAAGGGAAAAGGGCGCAAGAGAAGCCUGGAGAACGACGAUUCUGAGGAUUUUGCUAGAUUUACCGAGAGAGUGGAGCGCCAGGGUGAUAGAUUGGCAAAUGCUGUAGAGCAAAUGCAAGAAAUGCAACGAGAGCAAACUCAGGCCAUGACUGGUUUCCUCGCUGCUCUGACCAAGGCUAUAGAAAAAAAUUAAAGGCAACAGUUUUCGUUUAUCCUUAUUCACUUAUCCUGCUUUGUAAACAAUUACUCUGAAACUGCAAAGAGACAGUAGUUCAAAGCAAUGCUAUAUUCUAGCGUUUAUAAGUUUUCGUUCCAGUUUUUUUACAAAGUCUAUAUGAUCAAGAAAACACGAACAGAACGAAAAUAGCUCAAAACAAUAUGUUAUUGUUAAGAGAUCAAUGAUAAAUAAAAUCACAUGGCAAUGUACUCUUUUAGUAGUUCUCUGAUAUCGUCGCCAUCCCUCAAAACAUUUACAUCAUUAUCAUUUCCUCCGUCGUCGUCGCCAUCAUCCCAUUCCCAUUCAUCGCCGGCAUUAAUGCAGAAAUUGUGUAAAACAGCACAUGCUACAACUGUAUCACUCACAGAACUAACCCCGCUUUCGAUUUGCUUUGUCAAAAUACGCCAACGACUUUUCAGAAUUCCAAAGGCGCACUCCACGGAAACUCUGGCCGAGGAAAGUUCCUCAUUAAAUGCAAUUUCGUCGGGAUCUUGCGUUCCUUCAGGGUAAACUUUUUGUAACCAGGGAGCCAAAAAAUAAGCGCUAUCGGCCACCAAAUAUGGACCAAUCUCUCGGCCGAGAACAUUCAUAGUAGGACCAGUCAAUAAUUCUUGGUUCUCGCAUCGUCUGUAAAGGCGACUGUUCCGUAACACGCGUGCAUCGUGCAGGGAUCCUGGAAAGCCAGCUGCUACAUCUAGGAAUCUUUUCUUGCCAUCAGCCACGGCUUGGACGAUUAUAUCGUAGCGCUGGAAUCGACUGAAGUAGUCGACUCUGCUGUCAGUAGGGGCUUUGAUCGUGACAUGUGUGCAAUCAAUUGCACCAGCCACAUUUGGAAGAUCAGAAAGCUCUUCGAAAGUUUCCCUCGUUUCAACAACUUGAGCUUCAGUUUCAGGGAAUUUGAUAUAAUCAUGUUUUAUAGAAACCAGUCCUGUAACGACGUCUUCGACGGCCUCGAUUACUGUCGUUGUCCCAACGUUAAAACCAGGCCCAAUCGAAACGUAUGUUCCUCCAUGAGCUAAGCGCGUGAGCCCAAUUGCCAAUACCUUUUCUGGCUCAAUACACCUUCUAAAACGAGUGUUUUGUCUUGUGAUGUAUGGGCGAAGGACAUCCAAAAGCAAACGAAAAGUAGCUCUUCUCAUUCGAAGCUGUUUCCUGAAAUAUUCGUCUGGGAUUCUUGGGUCAUUAUAAUGAAUAUCAAACCAUGAAUCGGCGGGUCGAGGGAGAACCCAAAAGUACGGAUGUCCACGCCGAUUUCGUCUUCGCCUUCGAAUCUCGAACAAUCUCAGAAAAGCUCUCCCCUCUAGUUGAAAUUGAGCAAGAGACAAAAUUAUCAGCAUCAUCCUCAGCUGAGCGUACAUCUGAAAUUGUAGGACAAAUGCUGCAGCUACAAAAAGCAGAAAACGUCUUGGGAUCAUGUUGUUAUGAAAUAUGAUUUCCCGCCAAGUAUUGGAUAAUGGAAAGGUCACAAGUGUGACGAAAUGUAAACAUUUCGGAUUUGUCCAACGUAAACAAAACGUUAGUGCGAUGGAGCGUGGACAACAGACAAAUUGUCAGCGGACAAACUUAAAGCCAAAUCCUGUGGAGUUUGCCCCGGGACAUUCGAAAUGUCUGGCUCUAGUGCGAUUCGGCCCUUAGAGAUACAAAAUUUCUCUUCUCGUGUUGAAAAAAAUACUUCAUUCAUUUGCUACGCUCACUCAUGAAACAUUUGUCAACACUCAAAGAGAAAUUUCAUAUCUCCCCAUGGCCAUGUAAUAUCCUCUAUAUCUUCAUUGUCUCAGCCAGUGGCUUGUUUAUGGCAUUAACCUACUUGAACGUCACUGCACACAUUUUUCUGGCACACUUUUUCUUUUUGUUGUUGUUAAGUAUUGUUAUACUAAUGGUUAAUAGGUUAGAAAGUAAGUAAUUGUUGCAGAAUGAUAAAAACUGAAAUGUCUCGAUCUUCAGACAAUGUACAUUUAAGUUGAUGUUACUUAAUGGUUUUCUGUAUUACAGGCAAUUGAACUUGCUUCAGAGGUUCUUGCAAAUGUCAAGUUUAUUCAAGAAAAGAAACUUAUAGGUGACAAAUUCAUUCUCUUCAUUUGUUUUAUCUGACUAUUCAGCAUUCUUAUGCUCUGAAAGUACAGUGUAAUUGGGCCAUUGGAAAUUGCUAAGUAAAAACCAAAAUAACAUUACUUUGCAGCUUUUCAGAGCUUGCCCAAAGGGCAAGCUGUAGCUAGCAUUUUCUAGCUCAAAAGCCAUUUCUACUAGCACAAAAACCAAUUUUUGAUGAGCUGGUUUGAUUACAGUAAUUCUUUUGUAAUUUGAAUUCCCUGUAAAAAAAUUGUUUGCCCAUCGGGCAACUUAAAAACAGAAUUCAGCCCGAUAGCAAAAUUCACUAGCCCCAGGCUAUCGUACAAUACUUUCUUUGCAUGCUGCUUUGUAAUAAUUGUAAUAUGCAGUAUUUGCAUUCUGUGGUCAAGUUAUAAAACAUUAACAAUAUUGUAAUUAUAUUUACAAGUGUAGCUAUUGUACUCAGAUCCUGAAACAGUGGCUACACUUGUAGAUACACUUUUUUAUUAAAUUGAUCCGUGUAUGUUCUGUUCUAUCCAAUAAUAUUAUUUAGAGUGGGUGUGGUCCUGACUUGCAUGCAUUUGAAAGUGCGAAAUUUGAAAAUUGGCCUUAUUCAAAUUAAGGCAAUUAAGUUUUAAGCAUAGUGAUACUUGUUGAAGGUGAACUCUCUUGUGGUGUUUCUUAUUCCUUCUUAUUUUUGUGUAGGGAGAUACUUUGAUGAAAUCUCUCAAGAUACUGGAAAAUUCUGCUUUGGUGUGGAAGAUACCUUGAAGGUUUGUUGAAAUACCCUGAUCUCUUUCUCAUGUGUUUUCAUUACACAGUUUUGAAUUUUUUUAAAUGUAGAAAGUCAUUGUUUUUGUCAGUUUCCUUACUCAAAAGGGAAUGUUUGUUAAGGGUAUUUUGCAUCAGUGUUAAAGAUUCAAGGAUAAAUAUAAAUCAUUUGAGAAGUUCCAAGGGAAUAAAGCGACCUGUUUAUGCUCUCUUUUGUUAAUUUAAAGAGGAAAAGCACUGAAUGAGUGCUAAAUUUUACACUUCUUUUUGCAGACUGUAAUGAUUUGGAAAUGACAUGUUUUAUUUUCAGGGAUUAGAAAUGGGAGCAGUGGACAUACUUAUUGUGUGGGAGAAUCUUGAAAUCAGUCGACUUGUUCUGAAAAAUCACCAAACAGAUGGUAAGUUAAUGCUCAAAAACAUAUUCUUUACAUCUUUAGAUACACCUAAUUGGAAUAACAUUGACUUGGAAAAAUGAAUCAAGGAUAAAGCCAAACAGGAAUUAAUUUGGGUAAUUAAGCAACAUUCUCAGGGUGGAUUCAAUUGCAGCCACUGCAUUUCCCCACUGGAAUUUUUACAACACGCAAAUACGACGUCCACGUGCAGAUGUUUGGAGCAGAUGAAGUGUGAUUGUUUAAGUGGUAGCAUCUAAAAAAGUGAACUUAACUUUUCUCCCCAGAGGAAAAGAUCCUUCACCUUAAUCCCGAACAAGAGAAAGACAAGACUUACUCUAUUGACAGUGAGGUUUGUAAUCAAUAACUUAUUGACGUUGUUUUACUUUUGAAGCUCAUUUGUAGUUUCUGCUGACUGUUUUUUUGCCUGUGUAGACUGGAGUUGAAUUGGAGCUUGUUGAAAAGAUGCCCCUACUGGAGUGGCUUGCAAACAACUAUAAAACAUUUGGUAAGUGUUAAAAUCUAGAUAGCCAAUCAGCAUUUGGUUGAGUCAAUAUAGAUUUGUGUAAACACUGGAUCAAUUUAGGUUUUCUGGGAAACUGCCCACCUACCCCUCCCCUAAGCCAACAUUUUGCCUUAAGUGAGCUCUAAGUGUUAAUGUUGGCUUAAGGGAGGGGUAGGUGGGCAAUUGAUCCUAAACAACUUCACCUCCUUUUUUACUCCCAGAACCAGGGGUUUUGUUUCAGGCCGGACUCUGGACAGAACAUAGGGUUGUUUGACAUGUAGCGUCUGGUAGCUCAUUCACGAAAUUAUAGAUCACUGAUAUAGCUUCAGUAAACUGAUUAUUCUGAUGAGGCAAUGCAACAGCUGGACUGGACAAUGGACACUCUUUCCGAUUGCAAUUCAUUUUGAAAUCAACUAAAAAACAAAAAAACUGCAAACUGAUACUGAUUUUUAAUUGCCAAAUUGAAUAUUUCAUUUUUUGUGAGCAUUAUUUUUUUAAUGCCUCAAAAGACCUUCUUGGUUAACCAAUUCUGGUCCCAGUUGUUCAAAAGUUGGAUAGCGCUAUCCACCGGUCAACGGAUAAAUAUUAGGAAAACUUUUGAUCAACUGGGGCCUGAUCCAGGGAACACAGGAAAUUGCAUUUUGGAGAGUCCCAUUUUAAAAAUUUUCUGGGGGAAAAUUCGGUUUUUUCCCGGACCUCCCUAGAAGUUCGUGCCUCCGGCACUCGAGGUUUGCGCCGGCGGCACGAACGUUUCAAGUUCGCCAGCUAAACCUCUGCAUCGGGAACUUCCAAAUGCUACUGAAAAACAUGCUAGAACUCUUGGUCAUGAGACUGAAUUCUUAUAAAUGUCAACAAUUAUUACACUGUUUUUAGGUGCAACGCUUGAAAUCAUAACAGACAAAUCCCAAGAAGGAGCACAGUUUUGCAAAGGUUUUGGAGGAGUAGGAGGUAACUAGGAAUUCUCUUACCGUGUAAACAGUGUUUCAGUUUUUAGCAAUUUUGAUCACUUCUUUGGAAGACCCUUGAAAGAGACUUCAACCAUUUAAAGCAGUAGAUAUGAAUCCCUGCUUGUACUGCAGGCCCAUCACAACUAUACGCUGUCCAGUGCGCCGAUAGUUUGACACUGAAGCAUGUUAUUCAGAGAUUAAAACGGAUUAUGUUUCCUUAAAUACAGUGGAACCCCGUUAAUACGGUCACCAGUGGGAGAAAAAAAAAUUGGCCUUUUUAACGAAUGUUUUUUACAACCUGGCGGCCCAAAAAAAGUGGCCCUAAUAACGAGGUGACCGUAUUACCGAGGUAGCCGUAAAGUGGGGUUCCACUGUACUUUUCUUUUCUGAACAAUAUAGAAAUUUAUGCCUACGGUGUCUCAUUUCUGGGCACAAUUUCCAAGGAUUAAUCCGUAGGACCUGAAUAAAGUCAACUAUCUCUUAUUUUAUUUGGUCUUUCUGGCAAAAGUUCGUUUCGUUCAUUUCUUAGGAGAAGAGGAAAUAUUUCCCUCUCUGUACCCCUCUUUGCCAAAAAGCGCAGAAAAUGUUUCGUUCUUGUACAAACACACGCUACACGCUUCAUCUGUAAACAUGUAUCACUUAAAACUCGCUUACUAAGGUCUUUUCUUUCUUGUGCCUUUAUUGCAGGUAUUUUGAGGUAUCGAGUAGACUUCCAGUCCAUGGAACUUGACGAGUACGAUAACGAUUUUAACGACAGUGAUGAUGAUGACUAGCCCAGCGGUUUUAGGUGACAUUUCCCUGCUGCCUGCCUGUACAUAGGAGAACAGUCAAAGAAAGCUGUGUGGCUCUCGGAACGAAUUGCUCUUCUUUUUUAACAUCUCGAUUUAACACCCACACUAACAGUAACUUCAAAAUGCAAUUUAAAAAGAACGAUCGGGCGUGUUGUGUUCUUAAUUCGCCAGUUUACAUGGAAGACUGUACUUCGCCGACCCAGAAGCGGUUGAUUCCCGACGGUGGCUUUGUUGGGCGUAAUCAGCAGAAAUAUGAACUGAGUUUGAAUACUCAGAACCGAUUUCGAAAACAACGAAGAUUCUCGUUAAGCUCACUUAUUAAUCAAUAUUUUACUGGAUGGAGGGCUGAGGUUCUAAAGAAACUGGGGAGUAACCGCAGAAUACUCUCCCACUCUUACCGGAUCGGCGUUCCUAUGGCUUUCCCUUUAAAAUUCGGUUGAGGUAGCCUUUAACUACUUGCCCCCUCCCCCUCCCCCUCCCCCCACGUGAACGUGACUCACACAGGCGUUGAAAAAUCAUCAAAAAAUUUGCUUUCUUAAAUUUAAAGAAAAUAGGAAAAUGCGCUUGAAAAAUCCCUGAAUUUUUUGCUGACAGCGACGCACCUCUUUUGCCAGAAGAGGACUACUAAAAGUGAAUUAUACAUGCAUUUCCUUUUGGGUGUUUGCCUAAAGAGGAGACGUCAUAUGAAUAUGAAAAUUGUUAUAAGGUGUGUUUGUUAUGUUUCCCUUUUUAAUAAAUAUUAUUGUCAUGCGUUGUACCUCGGAUAUUCGGGGCAACCCGAGCCAACAUUAUGACGUUAAUAUAUUGAUAGAUUGAUUGAUCGCAAAAAUAGUAUUGCCAAUGAGGUGUUUCUUGGGUAAAAGAUAUAAAUAAAGACAAAGCUGAGGUCUGUAAAAAGUAUGAAAUGCGAUAAUUAGUUGACUUUAGUUUAAAAAGGUAGAAAAGUUGUCGUGUAGCUGGCAAAAAAUGCGAACACGCUUUUCACCCUUUCAAACAAGGGUGGGUGACUUGUCAUUGUUAAUAAUAGCCUUUUAUGCUGUAGUGCGCUGUAUCAAUAAACGUCCUCCGAGAAUAGUUUGUUAGUGUCUGAUGGAUUUUUAGCAGUCUGGGCCAUAAGUGCGCUCAAAUAGACCUUAUU